AUGUCAAAUCUACUUAUGUUAUUCAAAUAAAAAUAUAAUCAUAUUUUUGGAGGAUAUUCACCUUGUUAAUGGCAUGUGGAGUCCAUUGGUUUAUAUGUAGCUGAUUAUAAAUUGUCCUCAUUAUUAUUUUCUUAGAUCUAUAAUAAACUAUAUCCUUUCUAAUCUGUUAAGAUGAUAAAUGCAAUUUAUUAUCAUAAGAGUUAUGGUCCAACUUUUGGAGCAGGUCGUGAUUUACACAUUACUAUUGAUUUUAAUGGUGGAUGUUCUAAUAUUGGAAAUACAUAUAAAUAGGAUGAUUAUUAAAAUGCAUAAAGCACUUUUUUUUGUUUAAUCAAGCCUUAAAUAGUUGAAUGCGAAUUCUUAAUGUUGACAUUUAUGUGA